AUGGCGGCCUCCUGUGUGUCCUGUGGUGCCGCGGUUUCCCGGCGGCUCCUUCUGCGGCCACCGCUUAGCCUGGCCCCGAGACAAGUCCUGUGGAAAGCCGCGGAGCUGCAGUCAGUUCCCGGGCCCCAGAUAUUGAGGCUAAAACAUGUCACAGUUGUAACAACAAAGAAAAAUGUUAAAGCCCCAAGACGUGAAACCUACACAGUGGAUUUCAUUAAAAAGCAGAUUGAGGAGUUCAACAUAGGGAAGAGACAUUUAGCCAACAUGAUGGGAGAAGAUCCAGAAACUUUUACGCAAGAGGAUAUUGAUAGAGCUAUUGCUUAUCUUUUCCCCAGUGGUUUGUUUGAGAAGCGAGCCAGACCAAUAAUGAAGCAUCCUGAACAGAUUUUUCCAAAACAGAAAGCAAUCCAGUGGGGAGAAGAUGGCCGUCCAUUUCAUUAUCUCUUUUAUACUGGCAAGCAGUCAUAUUACUCAUUAAUGCAUGACGCAUACGGAAAGAUACUCGAUAUAGAAAAACAUAAAAAUCAGUUGCAAGCCAAAGGUCUGUUUUCAGAAAAGAAUAAAACCAUAGACCUGAUUGGCAGCAGAUGGCUGAUUAAGGAAGAACUAGAAGAAAUGUUGGUGGAAAAACUGUCAGAUCAAGAUUACAGGCAGUUCGUGCAGCUGAUGGAAAGGUUGCUGCAGAGCGGCGCUGCUGAAGAAGAAUUUGUGCAGAGCUUCCGCCGGAGUGUCACUGUUCAAUCAAAGCAGCAGCCCAUCGAGCCCGUACAGCGUGACGCGCAGGGAAUGGCCUUCAGCACCAGCGAAGGUAAAAGAAAGAGUGCAAAAGCAGAGGCAGUUGUUUAUGAACAUGGAAGUGGAAGAAUAAAAGUUAAUGGCAUCGAUUACCUGCUUUACUUCCCUGUGUUACAGGACAGAGAACAGCUGAUGUUCCCUUUUCACUUCCUGGACCGACUGGGGAAGCACGAUGUGACCUGCACCGUCUCCGGGGGCGGCAGGUCGGCGCAGGCUGGAGCCAUCCGCUUGGCAGUGGCCAGAGCUUUGUGCAGUUUUGUCACCGAGGAGGAGGUGGAGUGGAUGAGACAAGCGGGACUGCUCACGUCCGAUCCGCGGGUCCGGGAGCGGAAGAAGCCGGGCCAGGAGGGGGCCCGCAGGAAGUUCACCUGGAAGAAGCGCUGA